UCAGAGACUAAAUGGCUUCCAGAUCAGAGGAGGAUCUCUGCUGUCCGGUCUGUCAGGACGUCUUCAGAGAUCCUGUUCUUCUGUCAUGUAGCCACAGCUUCUGUAAAGACUGUCUGAAGAGCUGGUGGACACAGAAACCAGCACAGGAGUGUCCAGUUUGUAAGAGAAGAUCUUCAAAGGAGGAACCACCAUUUAACUUUGCGUUAAAGAGCCGAUGUGAGUCCCUCUCACAGGAGAAAGCUGCGAGAGCUUCAGAGGCUCUCUGCAGUCUGCACUCUGAGAAACUCAAACUCUUCUGUCUGGACCAUCAGCAGCCGGUGUGUCUCGUCUGCAGAGAUUCAGAAAAACACAGCGACCACAGAUUCAGACCCGUCGAUGAAGCUGCACGACAGCACAAGAAGAAACUUCAGGAGACUCUGGAGCCCUUAAAGGAGAAGUUAAAGGUUUUUGAAGAAGUCAAAGUGAAGUCUGAACAAACAGCAGCUCACAUUCAUGUCCAGGCCCGACGCACAGAGACGCAGAUUAAGGAGCAGUUUAAGAAGCUUCACCAGUUUCUGGAGGAGGAAGAGGAGGCCAGGAUGGCUGCACUGAGGGAGGAAGAGGAGCAGAAGAGUCAGAGGAUGAAGGAGGAGCUGGAGGCUCUGAGCAGAGAGAUAGCAGCUCUUUCAGACACGGUCAGAGACGCAGAGGACGAGCUGAGAGCCGAAGACGUCUCCUUCCUGCAGAGAUACCAGGCUGCGGUGGACAGAGUCCAGCAGCGCCCCCUGCUGGAGGAUCCACAGCUGCUCUCAGGAGCUCUGAUAGACGAGGCCAAACACCUGGGCAACCUCACCUUCAACAUCUGGAACAAGAUGAAGGACAUGGUCUCCUACAGUCCUCUGAUUCUGGACCCAAACACUGCUAACCCACAUCUCGUCCUGUCUGAAGACCUGACCAGCAUGAGACGAGGUGAGGAGAAAAAGCAGCUUCCUGAUAAUCCAGAGCGGUUUGAUUAUUAUUGCUCCGUCCUCGGCUCAGAGGGCUUUGACUCAGGGACUCACAGCUGGGACGUCGAGGUCGGAGACAGUACAGGCUGGUCACUGGGCGUGUUAGCAGAGUCUGUCCACAGGAAGGGACUUAUUGGGUCUGGAAUUUGGAGAAUGUGUUUCUCUGACGGAAAAUACUCAGCGUGGUCGGGACCAGCAUCAAUGACAAAUCUGAGAGUGGAGAAAAAGAUCCAGAGGAUCCGAGUGAAUCUGGACUGGAACAAAGGAAAACUGUCGUUCUCUGAUCCGGAUACUAACACACAUAUACACACCUUCACACACACUUUCACUGAGAGGAUGUUUCCGUACAUUAGCUCUGGAGAUAAACUGAAGAUAUUACCACUGAAGCUCUGUGUGACGGCCAAACAGAGCAGUUAGAGAAAGUUAAGCCACGGCGAGCAGCAACCACUUCAUGAAAACUGAUACGAUCCAAAUAAAGGAAAACAAUAUAUCAAUAACUGCAUGUUUGAUCGGCCAAUCACUGUUCAGAACAAACCAAUGUUAUUCUAUGUUAUUGUCCAGAUUAUAAGUUUUCCAGACAUUAAAACAAAUGUUUAAUUAUAUGAAAUGAAAUGUUUACAAUAUGUAAAAUAUGUUUCAUAUGAUCCA